AAUUCCAACAUCAGAUGGUGGAAGAGCGGACGAGAGAUAGUGUUUUGAAUACAAUAAAGGAAAUUGACGCUAUUAGUCAGUCAAUAUUCUCUUCGAUAUCCAGCCAAGCCGUUAAACCGCUCAAAUUGAACGCCAGCCAAAUUUCAAGCUUGAGUAGAUUAGACGAGUUAUUAGCAGUUCAGUUGGAAGAACUAAGAGAACACGAGUAUAGACAGCAACUUAUCACAGAGUUAGAGAAUGAUAUCGUAGAUUUAGAAUCAAACAUACAAUCCUCCCUUCAUAUACUUCAAUCCUCUCAGAAAGACUUAGACAAAAUACUCAAAGACGGCGAUAAAGAUAUUGAGCGUAUACGCGCAACUGAGAAUAACCAGAUACCAGACAAUGUAUUAUUAGAAUACGCUCAAAAGCUCUCUGCAUUUACACACGCACCACCAACUAUAAAUAGUGCUGACACAAUACAACACCCCUCUCAGCAGGUCUUUAACGUUCCUUUCCCUACCGAAUCAAACAUGCGGAGGGGUAUUCUUUUCGCUCAGAGUGUCGAAGAGGGUCAAGAUGACACUCUUAAGUUAGAAAUGGGUGAAUCUAAGCAACUUGACGCGGAGAUUGAUCAGGAGCACCAUUACAAUUCCUUGCGUAAUCAACAAGAAGACAUGCAAGCUGGUCUAAACGAUGGCGACGUUGAAUUCGAUUUGUUGGACUAAAAUAAUCAUGUGUAAGCAUCUUCGUUAGGUGAUACAGGUAGACAUAGCCUAUAAGCAUCCUUUCCAUUCAUGUAGAAGCGAUAUAGACGCUUCUCUCUCAUAAACCCUAAUCUCUUGUAAAACGCUAUUGAUGUAUUAUU